AUGCCUCCUAAGAUUGCGAAGAAGCUCACUGCUGCUCAGACCCAGCGUGCAAUCGCUCAGACACAGCGUGUUGGAGAGUCUCAAGACAACCAGGAGGACGCCGUCCAACCUGAUCAAGAGACUCAAGUCGACGACGCAACCCAGCCUGACCAGGACACCCAAGUCGAAGACAACACCCAACCCGAUGCAGAUGUGCCUACCAGCAGUGCUGAUAGCAACGCUGUCAACGAUGUUGUGGACUCGACUGCUGAUGGCGCCGAUGCUACUACGCCUGACACUCCUGCUUCUUCCACUCAUGAGACUGAGACCAAGCCUGCCAUCAAGACUGCAGCCAAGAAACCUGCUGGCAAGAAAGUUGCUGCAGCUGCUGGUAAGACUGUUGAUGGCACCAAGAAGAAGCGCCGUCGCAAGUAUGACCCUACAAACUUCAAGGCAUACAUCUUCAAAGGUUUGUCUAUCUGGCAUGGCUUUUUUUGUGUAUCAAAGGCUGACCCACUCUCUCCCAGUUCAGAAACAGGUCAACCCAGAGGGUGGCAUUGGCAAGACGGCUAUGCAGAUCUUGAAUGA